UGUUAGAUAAGACAUCUCUACUCGGCUACUGAUAAUCAACGCACUUCUUAUCAUAAAUUUCAGAAUAAGAAAAUAAACAUUGCAAAGUGCUUUAGUUUACAUGUUUCGAAACUUAAAAUUCAACGAAUAAGGUUUUCCAUUCUAGGACAGGGGAAAUGAAAACCAUACCAGCCAUGGAGGAAUCGGAGAAUUUGACUUUGCUGGGAAACGUGACUAGCAUGAUAGGUCAGAGCGGACCGUCAACGCUCAAGAUGGUGUUUGAUGUCGUCAUCAAGGUGACGCUAAUCAUUAUCAUGCUUGGCAUGGGAAGCGUAACUGAAUUAGACCCCCUUUUGAAGCACAUCAAACGACCAAUUGGAAUACUCAUAGGAAUGACGUCACAGUUUAUUGUUUUGCCUUUGGUUACAUUUGGUUUGGCGCAUGCGCUGAUGUUGCCAAAUGUUGCAGCAUUAGGGAUGUUGGUGAUGGGUUGCUGUCCCAGUGGAUCAACAUCAAAUGUGUUCACGUACUGGGUGGAGGGAGACGUCCCCCUCAGUAUAUCGAUGACCACAGUGUCAACCGUCCUCGCCUUUGGGCUGAUGCCUCUGAAUUUACUAAUAUACAGUGGGAGCUGGACCGACGAGAAUCUUGUUAUACCGUACAUCAACAUACUCAUCUCGUUUGCGAUGACAAUUACUCCCGUUGCUCUAGGGAUUUUACUACGCUGGAAAUAUCCCAAGAUUGCAAAUGUUUUUGUCAAGAUAGGUAGUAUAGCAGGUGCCCUAGCAGUAGUCCUUACGCUUACUCUCAUGAGUCUGCUGUAUCCGUUCAUGUACAAAGCUACCUGGAAAAUCUACAUAGGAGCGAUACUCCUACCCUUUGUUGGCUUUAUAUUCGGCUAUUUUGUAGCAUCUGUGUGCAGGAUGGAGCCAUUCCGACGAAGAACAGUGGCAUUAGAGACAGGAAUUCAAAAUUUUCCGCUCUGCAUGACUCUACUUUCGUUGUCUUUUUCACGGGAAGUGUUCGCCGAGAUUUCCUUGUUUCCGCUACUUUACGGGGUAACUUGUAUCGUAGCCAGUGUUAUAUUUGCAGUGAUUUAUCGUAUAGUGGCAGCAUUUAAAGCGAAAACCAACAAACAAAAGGAAUAUAACCAAACAGAUGAAGAAAAUCGAAAAAGUUUAAAAGAAACAUCUAAGUUUAUGGCCGACAUUAAUUUUGACGACGACGAUUAGAAUUCAAAAUGAAAAGCCCUGCACUACAGUUUACAAAAUCUGAUUUAAAAAUAUAUCUAGAUGUAUUCUACUUCUAAAAAUAUUAAAAAUACGAAGAAAAAACAUACGUGAAAAUGGAUGCAUUUCGUUGAAAUUAAUUUUAAUGUUAAUCAUUAACAAGAAUAUGCACAUGAAUAUCAAGCAAAAAUAAACUGUAAAAAACAUCAUCAAAUGUAUCAUAUGACACCAUAUAACAAUUAUUGUUUUCUAUUAAAAAAUGUUAUUUCUGAAAUGAUAAAAUGCUGGUAUCUCUUUGUACAAAACUUAUUAAAGUCGAAUAUUACUUAGAGCUAAGUACUUUGUCUUUUACUUUAGAAAACACAAUAGUUGCUCAUUAUUCAUAAACCAGGCAUAACAUAUCACAGACCUGUUGCUUGUUAUUAAAAAUUCGUUUUGUAUAUGAAGCCUUUUUGAUGCAAAGAUCCUCAUGCCAGUUAUAAAAAAAAGGUCAUUUUCUUA